UUCAGUGCGUAACGCUGCUGAAACUUGUGCGCAGAGGGGCGGAUAGACGCAUCUAGCUCGUCACAGAUAGUGGAUUAAAUUCACGCUUUCUUUUAUUUUUUCCCCCUUUUUUCUCCUCCUCCUUCUCCUCCUCUUCCUCCUCCUCUGGUUUCGUGUUACAAAGCCUUGGGAGGGAGUUGCGUGGAGAGCCAGUUCCUCUGUGGAAACUGAAUGACAGGAUCAUAUGGCUCGAUUUGCGUUACAGUCCAAUCAUUUGAAAAAGAAAUAGCGGAUAUAAGAAGAGCCAAAGUGCGGGCGAAAUUCAGCUGAAAUUGAGGAGAAUGUGGAAUUACUCGUAACUCCGAUUCGGAAACAAAUCCGAGAUAACGGGAAAGCAGAGAGGGGGUGGGGGGGGGUGAGAGGAUCGGUCGGUCAGAGAAAGACGGGAGAGGAAACGCGCAGGACGCAUUCGGUGAUUCCUCAUCACCAUCACCGCGGUCACAAGCCCGAUGUGACCUUCAUCCGAGUCAAGUGUCUCCAUUCAAAAUCCGCAAAGACGAGAGAGAGAAGCAACGGAAAAAAAAAAGAACUACUGAAGGGUUGAUCGAGAAGAAAAGCACACAGAGGCGCGAAGGAGGAGAAGAAAAACAAGCCGUCUCAUCGACUGAUUCACCCCCGGAUCCAUCGCGCAACGCCGGUUCCACAGCGAAUGGGAGCGGACAUGGGGGCGGCGGGCGGGACGAGGCUCUUGCUCCUGGUGCUUCUGGUCGGAUGGGAGAAGUCGAUGGGCCUCAACUGGAACCCCAUCCCACGCAAGACUGUUCGAUACCAGGAUGUUUUGGACAGCAUGGCGAGGUUCAGCAUCCAGGGAGUCUUCAACUACAGCAUGCUGACUCUGUCCGACCACGAGAGGGUUCUGUACGUGGGAGCGCGGGAGGCGCUGUUCGCCCUGGACCCAAACGACAUUAGCAAGCAGCUACGGCCUCAGAUCGACUGGCCGGCUCCGCAGGAUAAGAAGAGAGAGUGCGUUGCCAAGGGGAAGAACAACCAGACCGAGUGCUUCAACUACAUCCGUUUCCUGCAGAGCUACAACCACACGCACCUCUACACCUGCGGCACCUACGCCUUCCAGCCCAAGUGCACCUACGUGAACGCCGACUAUUUCACCCUCAACGCUGCGGCCCAGGAGGACGGGAAGGGUAAAUGCCCAUAUGACCCUGCCAAGGGGCACACCGGCCUGAUAGUGGAUAAGGAGCUGUACUCGGCAACGCUCAACAACUUCCUGGGUACGGAGCCGGUCAUUCUGAGGAAUCUGGGCCAGCAGCACUACAGCAUGAAGAGUGAAUACUUGCCCGCCUGGCUCAAUGAGCCAGACUUCGUGGGCUCGGCCCUGGUAAAGGAAAGCAGCGGCAGCAAGGACGGGGACGACGACAAGAUCUACUUCUUCUUCAGCGAGCGGGCGUUGGAGCUGGACUGCGACACCGAGCUCACCGUGGCCCGAGUGGCCCGGGUCUGCAAGGGGGAUCUGGGCGGUACCAGGACCCUGCAGAAGAAGUGGACCACCUUCCAGAAGGCCCGCCUGGAGUGCUCCCUCCCCGAGCGCCACGUCUCCUUCAACAACCUGCGGGCCGUCUUCACGCUGCCGGGCCAGGACUGGAGGGGGACCACCUUCUACGGCAUCUUCCACGCGCAGUGGGGUGACGUGGACGUGUCGGCGGUGUGCCAGUACCAGAUCGGUGACGUGAAGAAGGUGUUCGAGGGAUCCUACAAAGAGUACAGGGAGACGUCGCAGAGGUGGGGGCGUUACACGGGCGCCGUCCCCGUCCCGCGACCCGGAUCGUGCAUAACCAACUCGGACAGGGAGAGCGGCUACAACAGCUCCCUGCAGCUGCCCGACGCCACGCUCAACUUUGCCAAGAAGCACCCGCUGAUGGAGGACAAGGCUCUGGCUCGCCCCCUGCUGCUGACCAAGGGCGUCAACUUCACCCGGCUGGCGGUGGACCGGGUCAGCGCCCUGGACCAGCGGGCGUACAACAUGCUGUUCAUCGGCACAGCGGAGGGCUGGCUGCAAAGGGUGCUGAUCCUGGGCUCCGAGGCCCACGUGAUCGAGGAGAUCCAGCUGUUUGAGAGCGGCCAGCCAGUGGACAGCCUGACCAUCUCCCACUCCAAGAAGUACGUGUACAUCGGCUCUCGUUCGGAGGUUCUCCAGUUGCCCUUGGCCAACUGCAGCCGCUAUCAGUCUCAGCCAGACUGUCUGCUCGCCCGGGACCCCUACUGCGCUUGGGACAGCGAGGGCCGGGCCUGCGUCCGUAUCGACCUCCACCGCGGAUCCACCUCCUCCCUGUCACAGGACCUAAUGCUGGAAAGGUUCAGCCGGGGAAAAGCCAAGUUUGAUAAGCCGGUCUCCAUCCCCAGCCCCGAGCACUCCCGCAUAAGGAACGUCACCGUGGUGGUGGGGUCGGACAUGGUGCUGCCUUGCCAGCUGGUCUCCAACCUGGCUCAGCCCUUCUGGGUCCUCAACGAACGCGAGCUCCAGCUGGGUGACCCCGAGGCGGGCGGGCCGCGCUUCGACCGGACCCUCAAAGCCCUCGUCGUCCCCGAGGCGGGCCAGACGCAAGCCGGCCGCUACGUCUGCUACUCCGAGGAGCAAGGCGUGAAGUUUCAGACGGAGCGCUACCAGGUGGCCGUGGUGGCCAGCGCGCCGGUCUUCAUGGAGGCCCGCGCGCCCGACAGCAGCAUGGGGCUCUUCUGGGUGCUGGUCAUCACCCUGGGAGCGGCGUGCCUGCUGCUCCUGGUGGCGGCUCUGUACCUGCGCAGGAGGCUGAAGCUGGCCCUGGGAAAGGGCGCCGACAUGAAGCCCCUGGAGAGCACCCUGGUCUACCCGAUCACCCUGCCCAAGGAGCCGCCCACCUUCGUGCCCAGCAAGAUGCCCAGCGACGAGGACCGCUUCUGGGAGACGGGCGCCAACUACUACUACUCGGACGGCUCGCUGAAGAUCGUCCCCGGCCACGCCCUGGGGCCCAACGGCGUCGGCGCGCCGUCGCCCAGCGCCAUCCCCGGCCAGCCCAUCCACUCCCCCAGCCGCCUCAGCCUCACCAACAUCCGGGGCUCGGGUAGCAACGGCUACAUCCGCCUCAACCUGAGCACGGCGGGGGAGGAGAGGGCUAGCGGGGCCGGCGCUGGGGGCGGCGGGCUGGGCGGGCUGGGAGGCCUGGGCGCGGCCGGGAACGACUACUCCAGCCCCUUCAAGGAGGAGCUGAGGCGCACCCUGCAGCAGAGGAGCGUGCUGCCCGACGCCAACCCGGAGGAGUCGUCCGUCUAGGCCCCCCCCCCCCCCGCCGCCCUCCUCCGUCUCCGUUCCCCGAGUUGGAAGAAGAGGAAAAAAACAACAAAAAACAACCAGCCUACCUCCCUCUUUUUGAGGAUGCCUGCCCUCUCUCUCUCUCUUUCAGUGACAUGCUGUCAGAGGCCCGUGUUCUCCCUCUCUCUCUCUCUCUCUCUCUCUCUCUCUCUCUCUCUCUCUCGCUCUGCCAAUGCCUGUUUGGCUCACUGUUGACAUUUACAGCACACAGCAUGUUAAAUAUAAACACUGAUACACUGUGUACGCCAACAUGCACUCCUAUAAUUGUUAUGUUCUGGGCGACAUGGAGUCAUGGCUGUGAACCUUUUUCUGCUUUCACUGUGCAUUUGCCAAUUGUGUACAUUUUUGUAUUUAAAAACGGCUGAACGCAGAGGGGCACACCUCAAGCAUUGAAAUCAAAACCCACUUUUGUUUUUGAACGUUUUCUGAAGGGCAGAUUUUUCUCUUUUUUUGUUGUUGUUGCGUGGACCAAGAGGCUUUCAGCCUCUGUGCUGAAACCUUUUGAAGAACGGCAAGUGGACUGGAAAUAUUGAACUGAUGCUGUGUCCUUCUCUUUCUUUAAAACCUUUUCAGCUUACUGCACUUAAAAAAAACUGGAAGCGUGUCUUCCCUUUUUUGUAUUUGGGAGCCAAGAGUGCGAGAGCGGUAUAAAGAGACGUAAUUAUUCUCGAAGCAAGACGACAAUCAUGUCUCCCCCCCCCCCCCGGUUUGCAGGAAAUCUACGAGGGACAGAGAGGGGACGAGAGAGAGCGAAAAAAACGAAACAAAGAGAGACGAAAUGAAAUGGAAAAUGAAGUGAAUCGAAUGAAGGACAAUCUCUCAAGACUUUCUCUGCUCAAUUGAAAUCCCUCCGGUGUUGUAUUUACCCCCGAGAUCCACUUUCUUGUGUUGUGAUGGUUGGUUUGAAUUGAGACAUUUCCUGCUGUCCUAUUUUUUUUUUCUACGUCUCACCGACUGCGGCAGUGUUUCCUACGGGUUGUCAGGUGACCCGACUGACUCUGCGAGUGACGAUGCGAGGGCUUACAUCCCUCCAUCGGGUCCUGCGAGGGGAGGGGCGGCGACCUUCAAAUGCACCUUCGAGUCCGGCGAGUGCACCCCAAGCGACGUGUCGCCGAGGUCGGGACGUGUGCGCGGGCGGACACGCGCCGCUCGGCCCCCGAGCCCUCCUCAGCCCCUUCCUUUCAUCGGCCCGGAAAAAACAUUGCACUCCCAAUUGAGGGCGACGUGAAGGCGUCAGGCCGAGGAGAAUGUAGGCGAAUGGCCGGCGUAAUAAGUGCUUUAUGGUGUGUGUGUGUGUGUGUGUGUGUGGCGAGAAGGCAACGACCCAUCCUACACACCGACACUCUGUCGCUCCUGAAUGUCUUGGACGAGCCAUGAACCCCCCCCCCCCCCCCUGCCCCCUCGCUCUUGCCCAGAGACUGACCCGGGGCUACUGUGGACUUAUACAGAGGAAAACAUAGCAACAUGGAAAGAACACACACACAAACACACAAACACAGUGCUGACGGACAAAUGGACACAGCGACGGGCUGCUGGCCUCAGGGUGGACACGGCAAAGAAAGGGUUGCAUUUUGUUUUUUGGGACGUGUCCGUCGGGACCAGAGGAGCCCAGCCAGAAAGAAGGGGAGGACAAAAAUACCUUGUUUUGCCCCCACUGUGUACAGAGUGCUGAGAGAGAUGUAGAAUAUCAAAAAUGAUCCCGAGUUUGAAGAGGUACCCGACCAUCAGCACUCCAUCUUUACGUUGCAUGAGCCUCUGCAAGUGGACUGCACAUCUUUGAUAUGAUCAUCCUUGUACAAGUUCGUCACUUUGAUCGGCCCUUUUUGGACUUUUACAGACACUAAUGUUGUGGAACAAUGAGGCUCUCUUUGAGAAAAAAAAGAUGUAUGUCUGAUUUUGUGGUUCAAGGGUUGUACGGGAACCCAGGGCUGCAUUCUAACAUGUUUUUUUUCUGUUCCUCUUCACCCAUUGGAUAAGCCAAAGUAGACUGCAGUUGCUUUUGUUCUUGUUGAAAUACUUUAAUUGAUUUGAUUCCAAAUGGAUAUUUAAGUCUCAGCAGUCCGUCCACUUUGCUACACUGAGCUGAUGUCUGUUAGCUCAGCAUAUUUGCUUUUUAGCUACGUUUUCCCUUCUCCCUCAAACGGGAGAUGGGCCCCUGUUUUCUUCCUGUCUUUGUCAGUAGUGACCUGCUGGACCCGACUCUUUAUCCCCUCCCUUAAUGAAAUGCUGACUAAUGUACCAAAACUUCAAGCAUUGUUUAAUUUGUCAGUUCCUGAAAAAACCAAAUAUGUAUCUGUUGAGUACAGAUCAGUGAUAGAAUGUGCCCACUUUUUAUUAUUACAUCCCUCUGAAGCAUUGGGUGAGAUGUUAACUCUUUACACUGGUACUCUGUAGUAUCUCAUCACAAAUCUCCCUUUUACAAUUAGGCAUUUUAUUUAAUACAACAUGUUGCAGAGAACUAAAAGGUGAAGGAAAACAGGUAUCAAGCUUGAAAAGAAAUGCAUGGUAGUUUGUGCGCAUUUUUUCAUUUCUUACACAUGUUUGCUCAUAACAUUUUCUCUCACACAUGGCUUUAAGUUCUGCUGUUUCUUGCAAUAUUUUUGGUAUUCUAUUAUUAACCUGAUUUUGUUUUGCCCCAUUUUUGCUUGUCUGUUAUUGAUCUUUUUUGUUGUUCUAAAAAUAUGUUAAGUAACUUAUUUCACUUGUACAAAUGUGUUGAUAUUUAUUAUCAUUGUACAUAUGUCCUUAUUUUUUAUAUGUGUAUAUGUACACAAAUAAAAAUAGAGAUAUACUCAUGG